CGGCACAGACACGCAGUACACACAUAUCUCUUCCUUACUCGACGACAACGACAUCCGAGACGGACUGACGGCUUCCGCAGUGAACAGGAUCCAUCGCAACACGCCGCUGGACGAACGCGGAUGCGCGGCCAAGCUGAACCUUGAUUCAAGUGACAAGAGCCCUAACAAUCAAAGAUGUCUACACAGCCGCUCCUGCAGCGCACAGCCGGCAAGCGCAUUGCGCUCCCCGUCCGUGUUGAGCCUAAGGUGUUCUUUGCCAACGAGCGAACAUUCCUAUCAUGGCUCUCCUUCACCGUCACGCUCUCUGCACUCGCCGCGGGCCUGCUCAACUUCGGCGACCAGAUUGGCCGCAUCAGCGCUGGCAUGUUCAGCUUCGUCGCCAUGGCCAUCAUGAUCUACGCGCUGGUCACUUACCACUGGCGCGCGCACGCCAUCCGCAACCGCGGCUCUGGGCCCUACGAUGACCGCCUCGGACCCACGGCGCUGUCCAUCAUGCUCCUCAUCGCCGUCCUAGUCAACUUCAUCCUCCGCUUCAACGACUGAAAAGGCCCGCGCGACCCCUGUGGCUCCCUUUGUUUUCGCUAAUGGGCUGAUGUAUCGACACACCCAGCCCGUGUAACAGAAGUUUCGGUAAAAGGGGAGCAGCAAGCGAUACCAUUCUCUUAGUUCAAAACCAUCUUCACCAUGUAUAUCUUUGUACCCCGUCCAUAAACGCAUGCAUCAAUCUUCAGAAAGCCCAGCUUCGAC